AAGGAGGUGUAAGAUGCUGGGUCCUGAAGGUGUGGGAUGCUGGGACCUGAAGGUGUGGGAUGCUGGGUGCUAAAGGUGUGGAAUGCUGGGUCCUGAAGGAGGUGUGAGAUGCUGGGUCCUGAAGGAGAUGUGUGGAUGCUGGGAUGCUUAGGUCAAGAUAGUGGGUGAGCUGUGUCUCUCCCUGUGAGUGACUGUGUGAUGAACCUUCCCUCAAAACUUCAUCUGCCACGGCUUCCUUCCUCUCUUCUUCCUCCUCCCCCAGCGUCUUUCCCCUUGCCCUGAGUCGUCAGCAGGCGUUAUUUAAACCCCCAAGGAGGAGGCGAGGAGCUCCCCAAAGACGGGUGUCCCUACAGAAGGCGUCGAGGUGAUGCUAGGUUUCACUUAACUCAAAUUGGCUGGGUACUGAAGGGUGGCACCUCGCUACAGCGCCUCCGUCAUCCCACACGUGUUAGUAUCACCAAUUAACGCUCUCUGGUGGUGUUAGUCAUCCCAAGUGCUUGUUCAAAUAUGCAUAAUGAAAGACUGGAGGACGGAUCCAACAAGUGACUACCAUUAUUUAAUACGUGCUGCCGUCAUAGCAGCUAGCUAACCCCUUAUUUUCACGUCCAAACCGCGGUCCACGCAUUUCUGCAGUUGUAAAGAAGUGUGGUGUGCGGGAUGUCCGAUAGAUGGCAGUGGUUGGGGCGGGUGGGCGUGAUGGGCGGGGCUGGUGAUUCAAGGGGCGGGGAAGCCGUCACUCGGGGAUCUUGGGCUGCCACCAUUGGCACCUGCCACAGCAGCCGCCCCGCCAGCGUCGCAUGCGGCGCACAGGGGCGGGGCAUACCGCCCUACGCCCCGCCCCGGCCAGCCCGCUCAGCUGCCGAGUGAUAACUUGUACCAGAUCAGUGUAAGUUGAGUACUUGGUCUGUCGUGAGGCAGUUGUUGCGCCCUAAGUAUGGUGAUUGUUUGGUCUACCUGGUAAUCACACCUGUAACCACUGUAAUCAGGCAGCAGUGGACUAUCAUUAGAGUGACCUCUCCAGUCAUAUUGUGACCCCUUGUGACCUAAUCUUGCGAUUGGUGAUUUGCUUGACCAUCCUGCAUCAAUGAUGCUCACCGAUCUAAAUAUUGCCAAUCGGACGGACAUUUACACCACGGAGAAAGGAGGCCUUGUAAGUAUGAUAGUGUAGGAGUUUGGUGGUGUCCCCUGUCCGUAGAGGAGCGUAGCAGGGCGCUGUGACCCCGUCCUCUGCCCUGGGAGUACGUUCAUCCACAGCACCAUUGCCGCGGGUUACCCCCCUUACCGGCCACCACAAGCGGAGAACUUGCUGCCGCCCAAAUUACUACCUUGGCUCCCAGAUUGCAAUUAUAGUUACGGCGGGGAUAUCAUAUCGGCGUUGAGGGUCGAGGCUUAGUCUAGCGGCGGCUGGGUUGAGUGUAUGUGUUGUCUCGUUGGUAGCAGGUCCAUGAGAGCGACACUACCAGCUGCGAGGGGCCGUGCAACACCAGCUGCGACUGACAUGACAAUCUGAAACGUAGUUGGUAGUAUGGUGUCGCGCGAGGGUGCGUGUGUGUGGGAAGCAGCGAGAGUGUACUGAACGAGUAGCCGCCGGCGGGGCGUUGUGCGAGGGCGGCGUCAACCAUGGUGGGGCUCAGCAGUUGUUGCGUGUGCAGGCUGCAGGUGCUGCUACCCCUCCUCAGUGUUACACUCGCCUUGUGCUGGUGAUCGCCGGUGUGCUGGUGGCGGUGAUGAGGCUCUGCCUACCGUGGUGCCGGCCCCACGCCGACAGACGGUGACCCUGUGAUGUUUUCUUAGACACUAACCCCAGUCUUAACUUCCUCCUGCAACACUUAGACAGUGCCUUGCAACAAUUUUUUAUAACCUGGUUUUACAUCUACGGGAAAAUUAAUUGGUGAUUUUUGCCGAAUUUGGAGAAUACUUCGAGGAUGUUUAUACAAAGUGUAGUGAAGAACGUGGCGCUGUGUGAUAGUGAAAAGUUCGUGGUGAUUUUCAAGAGUUUGUCUUUUGGCCAAGGUGAAACCAGAUAUGUGGAGCUCUUAAGUGAGGAACUAGUAUAUACCGUGUGAGACGGCAGCUCCCUGAGGGACAGUGAUUACUGCAGCCACUUGUUUUGACCUCUUCUGGCCCAAGAUGGACCGAAAGUCCCUGGACCACCCGUCUCUACGUGGGACCCCACUGGCCAUGCUUGCCGCACAGUGCAACAAGUUAACUAGCAAGAGCCCACCGCCGCUAGCAGACGCCGCAGUAGGGAAAGGCUUCCACCCGUGGAAGAAGAACCCAGUUGGGGCAGCAACAGGGUCGGGGGGCGGAGCCUCCGGAGUAGGUACAGGACAGAGGUCAGGCCCCGCCUCUACGGCCAGCAGUGGUCACGGACCAGCCUCCUCCAGCAGUUACCAGCGGCCAGCCGUAACGACAAGUGCAGCCUGCUCCUACCCUCAGCCCUCGGACUUGUAUUUUCCCUGCUCAUCUGGGGGACAGUCGGAGUCGCAGGCAUCAUUGUUGUCCAAGGUGGACGGCUCUUCACACAUCCCCUCCAUGAGUUCCAUGUACUCUCGCGUCACGGGGGUUACUCACCCCUACGAGUCUUGGCCCUUCAACAGUAUGGCAGGUGCUGCCUCAGCCAUCAAACCUGAGGUGUCAGCAGUGAACUCCCUCAACACGACCAGCUGGUGGGACGUGCACAGUGCAGCCGCCGCCUCUGCAGGCUCCUGGCUGGACAUGUCAGGAGCAACGUCAGCGGGCUUGUCAGGCGUGGCAGGCAUGUCUCAGAUGGCCAACUACCCAACUGGAGACUACUCCACCCUCACGCAUACACUAGCAGCCUCCAACACAGCACACCUUCUGUCCUCAGGACAACACUUGUUGCAGGAUACGUACAAAUCUAUGCUGCCCACACAGGGCAUGGCCCCGGCUAUGGGCUCACCGUUCGGGCUGGGGCAGCCCACAUUACCACAGGUUCCCUCCCCACGCUCCCAGCGGCGCUACACUGGACGAGCCACCUGCGACUGUCCCAAUUGCCAGGAAGCUGAUCGUCUGGGACCAGCUGGGGCACACCUCCGGAAAAGGAACAUCCACUCGUGCCAUAUCCCUGGCUGUGGCAAGGUCUACGGCAAGACGUCACACCUGAAGGCGCAUCUUCGCUGGCACACGGGUGAGCGCCCUUUCGUUUGCAACUGGCUUUUUUGCGGGAAAAGGUUCACGCGCUCAGAUGAACUACAGCGUCAUCUCCGAACCCACACAGGUGAGAAGCGGUUCGCGUGUCCCGUGUGCAACAAGAGGUUUAUGCGGUCCGACCACCUUAGCAAACACGUCAAGACCCACAACGCCUGCAGCUCCGGCAAGAAGAACAGCGACGGUAGCGAGUGUGACAGCGAGAACAGCCAGAGCGAACCACCCUCCGUGUCCUCGCCUGCCUCUGUCAACACACCGCCCAUCAACACGCCCACUACGCCCACCGCCCAGGCCAUGAGUCCGCCCGCGCCAGACCUCAAACCUCUUGUGUGAGGGGACUUGGUCGUGGGCGGCCUCUGGACCUCUCCCGACUCCUCCUAGCACGCCCCCCUGCGGCGUGGGCGGCCCAGCAGCAGCAGGGUACAGAGGGGCGUCUGCCAUGGGCUGCAUAAUCCCCCCUUGUGAUAGUGGGCGUCCUUACGACGCCCCUGGUGGUGGUGGAGUGUCAGUGCAGAAGACGGGCCCCGCCUCGGGCCAGCUAACCCCUCCUCCCCAAUCCUCCAAUACCCCCUAAACCCCAGUACCAGGUCCUAGUAUCAGGCAGGGCUCGUCAGGGCUGCCUGUCUCGCCUACCUCCCCGUCAACAUGUGCCAAAUUUUACAGCCCUCUCGUGAGCCACGUGUGUAAGAUGUGUACAGUGUUUUCUUAUAUAAGAAGAAACUCUUUUUUUUUUUUUCAACUAACUCUGACAAUGGGCAUUUGUACAGUGUAUGGUUCCACUUUUUUUUUUUUUUUUUUUUUUUAUCUCCUUGUUGAUAUACAAUAACACCUUUUAGUAUGAUACACUUUAUUGGCAUUUUAUUGAUUCCACCUUUACACUCCACUAACAAAAUUAUCCAGUACUGAGAAGCGUUGCGUAGUCUACAUGCUGGUGAAGGGUUCUUGAUCCGGUUCUUGGCCCAUCUCCCUACUGUCGAACCUGAUUACCUCCCAUUUCCCAAGCUCUGUAUGACCAUUUACAGGUUUAAUGGUUGCUUGUAAACAUAAUAAAAGCGUUUGAUACAUGGAAAUCUCCACACUGUGGCUGGAACAAUUCACAUUAACCCGCGCACUACGAAUGUAUGGUUGGUUAGUUGGGAAUUGUUUGUCUAGGCUGGACGACGUUUUGGUUGGGCCUAGACAAUUAUCAAGCCCUUCGUGACUUGAUAAUAGCCGAUAACGGGUCGAAACGUUGCCCAAGUUUUCCCCUGUCCUUUCAGGAUAGUCACUUACAUGUUAGCUGUUGUAAAAGAAAUAUACGCUUCACUUACAUCAACACACCCAUGUGUAUGUGUUUGUGUACGUGCACGCACAUGUCAUGUACACCACCAAUACCACCAGGUGUACGGGCGUGUGCGUGCACAAACGCGUGUUGUGCCCAUCAACACGGACACUUAGCAGCCAAAGAUCACAUCAUGACUGACGUCUCUGAGAGAAGACGACGACAAGGUUCGUGAGAGUAUCCUCGUCAACACCUCGAGGCUGGGCUAAUUAACGUAAUGAAGGGAGCACAAGAAAGACAUGUUGAGUAGCGAGGUAAUAGCGAGUUGCAACAGCCAUGCGCGGUGGUGUGUUAAGGGGGUAAUAAGCAUUAGGGAAUAAUUGCUGGCUAUUACCUAUUUCGCGGAUUAUGGCGUCUGAUCUUACGGCCAAAGAAGUUGUAAUAGGAAGGACAGGCCGAGGGAAAAGAUGGGGAAAUUUUUGGGUGAAUAAUAGGACGUGUUAGAGAAUAGGAAGCACGUUGGUUACUAGAAGAUUUUAUUGAUGAAUAGAGGAACGUGUUCUAGAGUAGAGGAAACUCUGUUUUAAGAAAAUUCGCGAACGUUUCAGAGAGUAGUGUAAGAGGCUCUCGAAGAAAGGAAAUGUAAACGAAAUAUUACAUAGGAAAAUGGGUACUAAAUCCUGCAUAAGAGGAGACUAAAAGAAAGAUGAGAGUGGAAUAUGCCAAAUAUAUGACUGAGAAAGAGAGAGAGAGAGAGAGAGAGAGAGAGAGAGAGAGAGAGAGAGAGAGAGAGAGAGAGAGAGAGAGAGAGAGAGAGAGAAUAGAGCCAAUCUUCUGCCUUUGAGGACAUUUCCACCCUUCUCCUAUUGUAGCUAAUGAAUGAGAUUGAUUAACGAUAGCCCCAAUUGCUGCUCUACCGAGAUUAAACGAAUGGCUUAGGCAGCCCAGUAGACUGUCUUAAGCUACCCAGUCGACUGGUAUAGCUACCCAGUCGACUAGUAUAGCUACCCAGUCGACUAGUAUAGCUACCCAGUCGACUAGUAUAGCUACCCAGUCGACUGAGUAUAGCUACCCAGUCGACUGGUAUAGCUACCCAGUCGACUAGUAUAGCUACCCAGUCGACUGGUUUAAGCAACCCAGUCUUAAGAUCGGACUGGGAAUUAACGAAGUAUAGAGACCUGAGGAUCAUGGAAAAAAAAUAAUUUAAUUGCACAUUCAGUCUAGAAAAAAAAUCUUUGACGAAUUCAUUCAAAAAACUAAAAUGGUGACAGGAUUUAGAUUUUGAAAUAAAUGAACGAUGAAGGUAGACAUUUUUUUCCCAGUAAACAGAAGGAAAUGAAAAGCUUUGAAACAAACGAAAAAAACGACAAAUUUCUAGCCACAGCUGAUAAACGAGACAAAAUCU